UUAAUUUUUUUUUUUACAAUAUUAUAUACUGUUUGGAGUAAAACUUCAAUUUUAUCUUCUAUUAUUGUACAACACAUGGUACAUCUACAUAUAAAUAAAGGUAAAAUGGCUGAAAUCUCUACUCCCUUAAUUGAUUUGCCUAAAAACAUAAUUGCCGAAUAAUUUGCAAAUUGUUGAAAUGCUGUUACAGAGCAACCAGUUAUUCAGUUAAUGAAGAAAAUACUUACUUGGUAAACUAAUCAUUAAUUGCAGCUAUCUACUUUCUUUCUGUUUUUCUGGUGAUGCAGUACUGACAGCAGGUCAGUAACUGAAGAAAAUAAUGUGGGACAUGUUGUAUUUCUCCCUCUUUUUUUAUCUGUCAUUCCAUCCAUCACUCUCUCUUUCUUGUCUAACAUGUCACUGACUGAAGACCCCUUCUGUCCUCAGUGUGGCAUCUGAUCUGCAUGUUAAUUACAUCUCUCGCCUUAAUUUAAUAUCUGGCUUGGAAGAAUGUGGAACACACACCCCAGAGGUACAGCAUAUGCCCUCCAGCUCUCGCUCUCUCACACACAGGCACAUAUGUACAUAUGCCUGUACAUGCACAGACAUAUGCAAAGCCUGAUGAUUUUUUUUUUCUCCUGAAUCCUUUGUGCUUGCUGAGAUCGCUGCUUUGCUAAGGUUUUGUGUGGGUGAUGGAGGUAGGAGGCAAAGCCUAGUAUAGUCUGGAUAUUAAGCUCAGUGUUAAAAAAAGGGACCCAGGCACAAUGUCCACAGGGGUGGCUGAAGUCUUUUCCAACCCGUCCACUCUGACUGUGUCUCCCUAUGGUGAAGUCUAAAAGAGCUGCCACUUGUCGUCAGCUUGAUGGAGGUGAAGUAGGAGGUGGGGGGGAAUCUGUGGCGUUUGUCGUUUGGUAGGACUGAGGGAGUUCAAAAAGGAGGUGAAGAUUUAUUUUUUUUAAGAUGCCGAAGGGAAGGAAAGCGUGCAUGCAUUUGUAGUGGUAGGCAGCUCUUUGACCAGACGCCACUCUCCACCAUACAUGUGCAUACAGGCAGGCACUUUACGAUGUAGACCAGAAGUGAAUUGAGAGUUCACAAGGUGUGUGACUCCAUCAUAGCUCUAAUAAUUACAGCAAAUAUUAUUACAACCUUACCGGCAUACUCACACAUGUUCACACACACACACAGACAUACACACACUCGAUCCCUUUCUCAGCCAUGCAACAAGGCUGUGUCUCUUGUGGCUGAUAGAUUGUAAUGAAUGUAACAGCAGUCAGAUCCUUCAAAAGCCUCUCAAAAGCUUAAGCCCCUUUAUUAAAUUAAGCUAACGAUGCCUAAGGCCAGGUCUGCUGCUGAGAGAGCAAGUGAGAGAGGGAGGCGGAGAGAGCAAGAGAGAGAAAGCAAAAUGGGGAGCCAGAGAGAGGAGAAACAGGAGAAGUAAUGCAUAGGAGAGUAAAGGCUGUAGAGAAAAUGAAGAAGUGGAGGAGGAGGAGGCGAUGUUAGGAGCGAGUAUGUGAACUGGCAAGUAGUCAAAUCAAUGAGGGAUGGUAGGAAUGGGGGAUGUUUAGUAUCAAAGGAGGAAGGUGCAGGAGGUUAAGAAGAAAGGCUGGUGAAAGAGGAAAGGAGGAGGAGAACAGAAAUGCCCUGCAGACUCCCAUAGUUACACGGCAGUACACCUACAGCUGAGAGGGAUGUAGCAAUUAAGAAAAGGCAAAUGUGUGUUCGUUGAAAAGUAUUCGUGUACACCCGACACUGUGGAUGAAAACAUAAACGUUUAACCACUUGGUGGAGGUUUUACAUGGCGCAGGCGUUUUGAAGUUGUUUUCACACUCUUUUGGACACAAGUUAAUUACACUGUGUGCUAAAUACUGCAGCUUUGUAUUAAUAUGCAGUGGGUCGGAAAGAGGCACAAAAAAAGCUACAUUUCCAACUCGUGUAUAUGUAAAAUCACAUAGUUUCCUAAACUGCGCAUCAAAAUGAGGCUCUGCAUGCUUCUAAUAGGUUGGCCUGUGACUAAAGGAAUUAAGAAACGGUUUUGGUUUUUUUCAAAUGUAUUAGAUUAUCCUUUUGUUCUCUCACUGAUUAAUGCAGUCACACUGAUGCUUGUUAUAGAACAAAACAUAUUUAUGAAUAUUUCAAAUACUGUGAUGCCAGAGAUUAUCUUCUAAUAAUGACUCAUUCAUUUUCAACAAUGACUAAUCACAAUAAAUUACUAAAGUCUAAUAGCUAAUAUGUGAUUAGUGAUUGAAAAAAAGACCAUAAAAAAUACUAACUGACUGAACAUUUUGAGUCAGCAAAUAGAUUUUAAUGCCCAAAUGUCUAUUUGACGAAUUAAACAGAAAAGGAGAUCCUUAUAGUGUCUGCAGAACUGAGCUGAACAGACAGGAGGUACAUCAAAGGCUGAAGUCUCCGUGCGGCAUUGUUGUCUACCUGCUCUCUCACUCUCUCUUACAGGUCAAGUAGAGGCGAAUGAUACACUAUCACAUGGAUGAAAGACGUGACAUGUGGUGCACAAAUGCGCUCACUCAUAGAGGAGGGUUAUGCUGCCUGACAGAGCACGCCAUGCGUGUUGGGUAGUGCUUUUUUUCUGCUGUGCUUUACCGUUUAAUAGUACGCACAAAUGAGCUAUACGGAAUUAAGCUUACAUUUGAUCCAGUGCAUCCCUAAAUUAGCAGUGUACACCACAAAGUACAAAAGGCCCUCAGACCUCUCCCCUCCCCAGCCAUCACCUGCUUAAUCCUCAGUUUCAUCCUUGGCAUCACGAGAACACCCUGUCUUUACUGUUUACAAGUUUGGCUUUGAUUUUACAGCCUGUGCAGUCGCUGGUAUCUAAUCCACAGUAAAACCAUUGAUAAGCCAGACGGGGGUAAAGGCUUUUUUUUUUUAGCAAAGGCUUCUGUGUGCUUUUUGUGGUCGGCUGUCCCCUUGUGGACAUUUGCUGGAAUUACUUUCAUUUUUAAAUUACCUACUUUGAAGAUUCAAGAUUCAAAGUGUUUAUUGUCAUGUGUCACAAGAGAAAAGGCAUUUCUCUGUGCAAUGAAAUUCUUUCUUUGCGGUCCACCCACAGAUGCCGAUUAAUAUAUACAAUAGAAAUGGAAUAUAUAAAUACAAAUAAAUAAAUGAAGACAGAAAAUGAGACAAAAUAUGGAGAUUUGAAACAGAGAUGUGUGCAAAAGAGUACUGUACCCUGUGUUGUCACGCUGUAGUGGUAAUUAGCAAAACAAAAGAGCAAUGAUAUCUGUUUUUAUUGGAUUAUGUGAUUAAAUUAAGUGAUCUAUUUUGUAUCAGUCUAUUUCGUAAGAUACUAUUCAAGGUACUAAUACUAAGAUUAGAUAUUAGUAUACAUACGCAUGCGUACAUACGAAACAGAAAUUUAAAUCACAGGAUAACUUAGUGCGAAUUUAAUUUUAACUGAUCAGGAAGUAGUCUAACCCUUUACAUCCUGGUGAAGCCUUUAACGUGCAUUCUUGUCCCUCUGGGAUGACUAUGCGAGGUCAGCCCUGUUGACUGGGGGCGUGACAGGGAGGGAGCAGGUGCUUCUACCCCCCGCCCCCCUCCGCCUUGCCAGUCUUUCUGUGUGCCUGUGGUCCGGCCCCCGCCGGGGCGGAAGCUCCACCUCUCGGCUCCCGGCAGCCGGCCGCCUCUCUCCUCCUCUCUCCGGCGCUCUGCUCUGCUGUGCUCCGUCGCUGUGGCCUCGCUAGGCGUCGGAGCUUCCUGCGUGACAACAAAAGUGCACGGUCUCUGUUCUCGACGGAGGAUGGAUCAACGCUUUCACCGCUAACGGAAGGAGAUUUUUUUAAACCUUUUUUAAACCAAUUUAUAAACACUGGAAUAGCCCAUACUUGUUUGCGGCAUGAGCCAUGAGCCAAAGUCACCAUCAUUAGGAAUGAUCUCCACGGCGACCCGUACCACGGCGACGGUCAGCCCUCUUACCCCGUCACCUCUCAAUGGCUCUAUCGUAGCCAAUGGAAGCCCAGCUGCCCAGUCAACUCAUUCGGGAUUUGCUGCAGCCCUCCGUAAACUGGCAAAACAGGCAGAAGAACCGCGAGCUGCAUCCUCCAUCAGCAGUGAGUCACCACCAGUGUCUUCACCAGCCACCAAUCACAGCUCUCCAGUCAGUACACCCAAGAGGGGUCCUCUUGGUCCUGGUCCUGUCCUGGUACCCCCAGCAGGCCACACUGUGCCAAACACUCCACCUGUAGUCACCAUUGCUCCAACAAAGACCAGCAACGGCCUAUGGAGAAGCGAGGGGCGCCAGGCUGACGCAGGGCCUCAUGGGGCCAGCAGGGAACGUCUGGGCGCAGAAGGAGCCCUCUCCCAGGAAAAGGGUGGCCCCUCAGUCCCUGCACACCUCCUGGGAAACCCCUAUGCCUUUGGUCUCACUCCAGGAGCUGUCAUGCAGGAGUCACGGUUUCAACCUCUUAACCUGCCCAGACAGUUGUCUAACGCAGUGCCACCUGGUCCUGUACCAGAGGAGUAUCUCCGGGGUUUUCGGCCUUAUGCUACAGCCGAGGAUGCCCUCCGGAUGCCCUCUUUGCCCUUGGGCCUAGACCCUGCCACUGCAGCUGCCUACUACUCCCACAGUUACCUGCCCCACCCUUCAACCUUCGCUUCAUACAGGAUGGAUGACCCGUUCUGCCUCUCUGCUUUGAGGUCACCUUUCUACCCACUGCCAACAGGGGGAGCUUUACCUCCUAUCCACCCCUCUGCUGUUCACAUGCAUCUACCAGGCAUCCGCUACCCUGGAGAUUUCACGCACCCCUCAUUGUCGGCAUUGCAGUCUGACAGGCUUCAGCUAGAGGAUGAGCUGCGGCAACGAGAGAGGGAACGCGAACGAGAACGCGAGCGUGAAAAAGAGAGGGAACGAGAGGCUGAGAGAGAGAAGGAACGGGAGAGAGAACGAGAAAGGGAGAGGGAACGGGAAGAGGCGGAGAGGGAGAGGCAACGAGAAAGGGAAAGGGAGAGGGAGCGCGAGAGAGAACGGGAGAAGGAGAGAGAAAGAGAGAAGGAACUCGAGAGGCAGAAGGAGAGGGCACUGAGGGAAAAAGAGCUGCAGGCAUCCAAGGCCAUGGAGAACCACUAUCUGGCUGAGCUCCAUGCCAUGAGAGGACAGGAGGACCGAACCAAGCCUGAAAGACUAACCCCUAAUCGGGCUGACAAAACCAAAGAGCCCGCUCUUCCAGCUCCCAAACCAGUCCCACCAGGAAUCCAUCCGUCUAUAGUCCAAUCACACCAUGGUCUAAUCUCAGGCCACAGCAUCUACAUGGGGCCUGGCACUGCAGGAACAGGGCUUGCAGCCUCAAUGAUUGCUCAGAGGAAAGACGAGGAGGAGAGGUGGAUGGCGCGGCAACGCAAGCUGCGUCAGGAGAAAGAAGAUCGUCAGUGCCAGGUGUCUGAAUUCCGCCAGCAGGUUCUGGAGCAGCACCUGGACUUGGGUCGGCCAGGUGACACUCCAGAUCACAGGACGGAGUCGCACAGACCAAUACCUAAUCAUCAUGAACCAGGAAACAGGGAACUCAACCCUCUCUUAGGUGCCCCUCCACCUCUCAUCUCCCCCAAACCUCCACAGCCACCGCGUGAACAUCACCCUCCGCCUCCUACCACCCUGUGGAACCCUGCAUCUCUUAUAGACACAGCCUCAGAGUCGAGACGUAACCAUGAGCCCUCAGGGAUGGGACACUAUGAGCUCAGUCGGCUGCCCCCAGGACCCUCCAGAUAUGAAGACGGAGCCCGAAGAAGAGACGGUGGUGCAAUGGAGAAAUAUCCUCCUUUGAGAGGUCCCCCAGGUCUGCCUGAGCCCAGCACAUACCUUGCUGAUUUAGAGAAAUCCGCCCAUUCAUUUUUGAGCCAGCAGAGGGCUUCCAUGUCUCUCUCCAGCCAAUAUGAACUGGAGGGAAGCCUGAAAACCAAUGCUGGAAUAAAGAGCCUCCAGGGUCACCCAGGGUAUAGUAGACAUGGACAAGCAGUGGUUUCUGGGCCAGCAAUGGGACUGGGACAGGUAGCCUCAUUGGGCAUGGUCCCAGACGCAAAGCUGAUCUAUGACGAGUUUCUUCAGCAGCAUCGGAGGCCUGUCAGCAAGCUGGACCUGGAGGAGAAGAGGAGAAAGGAGGCCAAGGAGAAAGGGUACUAUUAUGAGCUGGAUGACUCAUACGAUGAGAGUGAUGAAGAAGAGGUGAGAGCCCACCUCAGGAGAGUAGCAGAGCAGCCUCCACUGAAACUGGAUGACUCUACAGAGAAACUGGACUUUCUAGGAGUGUUUGGCCUGACCACAAUGGGCCGACGGGAUGAGCUGGUGCAGCAGAAGAGAAGGAAGAGAAGGAGGAUGCUCAGAGAGCACAGUCCCUCCCCACCUGCCUCACAAUCAAAACGCACUCCUCCACCUCAGCUCAGCACACGUUUUACCCCUGAGGAGAUGGACCGAGCGCCAGAGUUGGAGGAUAAGAAGCGAUUCCUCACCAUGUUUAGACUGUCCCAUGUGACUGUACAGCAGAGAAAAGAUAAUGAAAGGGUAGUGGAGCUGCUACAGGCAAUUAAAGAAAAGACUGUGACCUUGGAUACCAUCAGACAUGCUCCACAUCCACUGUGUAAAAGUCCUCCAACUCAGAUCUCUAAUCCUGCAUUCUCCCAGCCUCCCUCUGAACCAGAGGAGCACCACAGUGUCAGACCACGCAGCCCCUCCUCACAUUGCCCAACAUCCCCCAAUGGGCAUCCAAAACCCCUUGGGGACACAUUAAGACCAAAGGCACCCCCUUCUCCAGCUGUCUACCCAGACAAGGCCCGGGGGCCCAGUGAGGGACCGAUCUCAAAGAGGAGCUCCAGCCUGCUUAACAGCUUGAGGCCCCCACUCCCCCUGCAGGCUAAAGAAGGUCAUCACAGCAUCAAUGGACGCACACAACCACGGGACUUCGCCCCAGAGGAAUUUGCCCAGCAGUUCCACGAAUCUGUGCUACAGUCCACUCUGCAGAAACAUAAAGGUGGAGCCGCAGGGGUGUCAGAGUCAUCCCACCUCCAGGAGUCCUCUGUUCACUACAACAUUCCCGAGCUUCAGGGCCCUCCUGGCCGACCACCACAGCCACAUUCACAGUCCCACUCAACUCCACAGUCAUUUCCACAUCCACUUUUGCACUCUCACCCUCAGCCCAACGGGCAGCACCUCUCGAUGCCUCAGCACAGGGAGGCAUCGGGGAUGAGGGAGGACAUGUCUGGUCCAGAGGACUCUGAAGAGGAAGACGAGGAGGAGGAAGAAGAGGCUUCAGUUUUCAAGUGGCAGGGGAUUGAAUCUAUAUUUGAAGCUUAUCAGGAAUAUGUGGAAGAGCAAACUUUGGAGCGACAAGUACUGCAGAGCCAGUGUCGAAGACUAGAAGCUCAGAACUACAACCUUAGUCUAACUGCUGAGCAGCUGUCUCAUACCAUGGGGGAGCUGAUGUCCCAAAGACAGAAGCUGGCAGUGGAAAGAGAGAAGCUCCAAGCAGAAAUGGAACACUUCAGGAAGUGUUUGACGCUGCCACAGACACACUGGCCAAGAGCUGGCCAUUAUAAAGGUUACCCUCCGAGGUGACCAUGACGCUGAUUUUGAUAGCCCUUGGGCCCGAGCCUCCUUCCCUUUCAGACUGACUCCCAGAGUUUAUUUUUAAUGGCCUGGUCCUCAUAGCUCCAUGGAGGAUAAUACGGCUGGCUAGAUACGAUGAAUGAAUGAAUGGAGUGAAUGGAUGGAUAGAUAGGUGAAUGCAGAGGAGACCGGACCAUUCAGUGAAGUACAGGCAGUCUUUGGAUUAUGGGUCAACAGGGACUGCACCACAAGCCACUAAUGUGUGCCAAUGUAGCCAACUCCAAGAUCAGUGAGUGUAUGGGGCAGAAAAACCUGAAGAUCAACAUGACACCUGCUUUUCAUUCUUCAGUCCCUGCUGCGCUAUUGUUCAGUCCCUGCAUCCCUCACCGCCACAGCUACACAGACAAUCCUGCCAAUGAGGGAGCAGCUACCCCCAGAGGGGGGUGUCGUUACAAGACUUGAAAGCUCCAAAUCUCCAAAUGAAGACCUUUGGUCAUUUGGGACUGAUUUCUUUUCUUUUUUCCUUUUAUUUUGUGGCCACAUGAGCUUUUGAACUGGAAAUGCACUUAAUAAAAGCUGAAGAACUACCUGGUGGUACUGUGUUACAACAAAGAACUGUUCAAAUUAGGGAAGAACUUAGAAAAUGCACAUUUUUGGAAAGAAUUAAGUAAAUGUUUUAUUUCGAAAUAGAAAAUUUCAAAAUAAGAAUUUUAAAAGGUGCUUAAGCCUUGUAUUGUAUAUAAUAUGAAGACUUAAAAAGAAUUUUGUAUGUUUUUAUUACUUUAAUCAUUGUUCUUUUAAAAGAAAAAGCCUGCCAUUUUAUAUGUUUAUGCUUUUUGGGUUGAAAAAAAAGAAAGCCUUGCUUUUAGUGUUUGUACUGCUGCUGGCUAGAACAGCUUGUUUUGAGACAUUUAGCAGAGUGAGAGGAAGCAGGAUGCACUCCUCUUAUUCUGUCCCGGCACUGCGCAGCUGAGACCCCAGCCACAGCCACCUUAUCUGGCCUCUGAGCUCAGCAAAGCUUACUUAGAGGUCCUGAGAUGUGGCUCAUGCCCUCCACUCCCCCUUCAUUCACAGCAGUGUGUCUCUGUUUUAAUGCCCAUUUCAUCAGCUCCUCCCAGUCAGCUUUACUGUUGCUGACAUGACCAGUUAAGUACUCAUGCAGAAACCAGAUCCACAGCCACUUUUUUUUUUUUUUUUUAAACUUGAUUUUCUUGAUUAUUGUAAGACAUUUUCUUACACAGCCAGCAGAUAAAUCUUGCUUUAUCCUGUUUUUGGACCUUUACUUUACUUUGUAUGACGCAUAGCAUUGAACUCAAACACACGAUAUGACGGUUUGCGGUAUGCCUUACAAGAUCAAGCCCCUGUCAGCAGCCAUGAGACGAAAUGGUGCCAAAAUAAUGAUAAAACUAUAGCAUAGUAAAUUAUUAGUUGCAGUUGGGUAGCCAAACAUACAAACCAGAAUGGCCAUCUUAUACUGCUGAAUAUGUUUGACAUAACAUCAUCUACUCUUUGCAUUUCUCUAUUUUUAGGACGCUCUCCACCCACACAAAGUUGCCAAGAUGUCCUAGAAACCAGGCAGGACGCUUAACUGAGCAGCUCCUGGUACAUUUAAAAUCAGAAAGGUUUGCUUUACCUUGGAUAUCUGUUUACAACCUCCAUCUGCCCCCCAUCUUCCUAAUGAGAUUUGGCUCGUAUUACAGUGACUUUCUACCCUGUAAUUCAUCUUGUCUCCACCUUAUGGUUCUAUGUGCACUUGGAGACCUCAGACACAGUGAAAUGAGGUGUCUAGGUCAUCGUUUGACUUGUGUGGUGGUGGGAUGUUUGAUGUGAGUGGGUUAAGGAUUUCAGUAUUUGCAAAUAAAAACUUUAAAAAUGUACCAAUAUUUAAUUUAUUUUUUAAAAAAAGUACUGAAGCACAACUUACCCCCUUACAUACACUUUAUUACAAGUGCCUCAAGAAUUUGGGAGCAUGUGAAUGAGUUUCCGUCUACAGGACAGACAUUACAUGACAUAACAUCAGUGAUCAGGGACUUUGCAUAUUACAUCCAAGUGUCUACUGUAUGUCAUACCUUUCAAAUAUGUACAAGUCACAAACUGAUACCAAGUUUCUUUCAUCCAAAUGAGUCACAAGACAAUUUUUUUUAUAUAUAAAUGACACGUAAGCCAGUUUAGAGGAAUACAGAGUGUAGUCAGAUUUUUUUUUUUUUUUUUUACAAAGAAGAAAGCCAACAGCGUAACCUAUCUGUAAGUGAAGGAGCAUGCAUGCUGAGGUAAGCUGCCAUUGAGCUGGGGAGGAAGGUGCAGUGUGGUAAGCCUCUCUUGCUCAGCCUCCCCGUGUCUCCAACCCACGCACGCUCAUGCAAUAGCCCCAUUACUCAGUGGAGGAUGUCUAGAUGCUGUGAAAUCCUGUUUUUAAAAUGUACUUGUUUGAAUUCAUUGUAAUGUAAUAUAUUCUUUGUUGAAUGUAGUAAUUAGGUAUUUAUGAAUAUAUGGCUGUGAUUUCAGACAAAAAAGAAAAUAAAAUAUUUCAAAAAUGUUAAA